AUGAUCAUCUGUGUGCGUCUUCCGCACGAGGACGAGCGAGCCGAGAAGUUUUCAAGUUCAACAGAUAGAGAUAUGCUUUGCAUUCUAGGAUUUCCUAACAAUAUGCGACCACAGGCUUUCUUCUGUGUUGUAGUUGUAUCGCUCAUGAUAAUGAUUUUAAGAAGCGCACGCUCGCGUCGCUCAGUUUCUUGAGCAGAGGAUCCCUGUUGUGUUUCUGUGCCCUUCUUUAGACAGGGGCAGCACCAGUAGCACCCGAUAAGCCGGAUGCCGGAGCGCAAUCAUAAUUGAUUUUAUUAGGUAAAAUUAAUAACUAACAGGGAUAUUAUCACACCAGCAAAAAAAAACAAAUUGUUCUUUUUUGUUGUGAUGUGUUGGAGCUGCAGCUGUGCAGCGGUUUAAGAAGACUGGGAAGAACGAAGCAGCGCCAUAAGAUGAAUGAAACUGUUGAAAGAAUACCCUCACACGAAGAGAAAAUGAUCCUCGCUUUCGUUAUUUACUUGUAACCGUGAAAAAAAUAAAAAGCGUAAGCGUAAGCGAAAAGAAUGAAUGUGAUUCCAUGAUGCAGCCGUCAGCCACAAGCACAAUCGCCAUCAUCUGUGAUAGCGCAGAAGUUUGCACAAGAAGCUAGAUCAU